CGAAUGUGCUAGAAUUGCCCUGGCCGACAUGCAAAACACUGCUAGCAAACGAACGCUCACUGCCACUGAUCAGCGCUAUGGCUUGUGAACGAAGUUUUUUGUGGUACGCUAAAUUUUAAAGUUCGACUCUUUGAUAAACGAUAAAAUCAAGCACACCUUACUCAUGAGAGAUGAUCAUGUUCCGACACAGUUAUUGCGAUAGAAGAGAAGCAGGACGUCGCACGUGAAUAUCAUAUUCAUAAAUGGGGUCAUUUAUUGCCAAAUUAAUCAGUGUUCGAUCCUUAAAGAUCGCACUUGUUGUACAAUCCUUUAUCACGACAAUUGCCAUUUUAUACAUAAUGUAUACGACACAUGUAUACUUAAAUCAAAAUUCAAAACUGGAAAUUUCAUUCACGGAUAAACAAUGUCAGGGUUGUUGCUCCAUGCCUAAUUCAAGCAUCCACAGCAUCGUGAACGAAAAACGUAUUUCGGAAAAACUUCAUAAAUUCUCGCGUGCCAUACGAAAGUAUGAAAUUCCUGUGCAAGUGAUGAAUAUCCUACACGAUGCGGAACAUCUAAUUGAAAAGCUUGAAGCUGAUGUAAAACAAUACAAGGAUUCAAAAGAAAAUCGAUUGACAGCACUAAAAAAUAGUUUGUUGGAAGAAGAUGUGCUGCAAGACAAAGACCUCAUUCCGAAGGCAAAGCCAAAGUCGAAGCACUAGAAAUAAUAAAUACGUCGUGUGGAAAACAUGUUUAUAGCUAUCUUAAAGACUAAGCCCCCAAGACAUAUAAAAGUGGUUACUAGUUUUCAAAACUAAUCGAGACGUGGGAUGGUGAAAUUAUAUUUAGCAAAAUUCACAAGCCAAAUUUUCAAAGCAAUUCACGUGUGUCGUGACUCGUGACUGCGAGUUUCCUGUUUAUAAACCAUUAAGGUACUUUAAUUUUUAUUGAACUGCGUGCAUGAUGACAACACAAGUCACAGAGAAAACACUUCAACUAUUCCCUUUUAAAAAUAAUUUAACUGCUUUUUCCCGUAUGCCUGCUGAUUUUUCCUUCGUCAUGUAGUACCAUAUGCUGCAAUAGAUCAACGCUAACAAGCUUUUACUUUUAAGAAGUAUCUGACAGUUAAAAUAUUAUGAUUAUGAUUUAAAAAAUUAAACCUGACCUUUUGUAGAGCGUGUAUUAUAUUGAUAGUACAGGAGUACCACUUAUAUUAUAAAACAAAAUCAACAAGAAAUCGACACAAGGACCGUACAUCCAAAUAAUAUAAUUAGGCAAAAAACAAUCAUUAGACAAUUCAUGUACUUGUAUGUAAAUAUGUCAACUUCUUGUCGAAGCAAUUUCGAAUGUAUAAAAUACGAUACAAAAUAUAUGUUUACAUGCAAACACAAAAA